AUGGCAGAUAAUCAACCAUCAUCCAAUAAGCCGUUAUUUCGGCAAAUUGAGCCGGAUGACGAUUCACCAGAGAUUUCCGAAAUUGAAAGUUUAUGCAUGAAUUGCCACGAGAAUGGUACCACAAGAAUGAUGCUAACUAAAAUUCCUAUGUUCAGAGAGAUUAUCAUCAUGUCUUUCCGCUGUCCUCAUUGCUAUAUGGAAAAUAAUGAAGUACAAUUUGGUGGUAAAUUUGAAGAGCAAGGUUGUCGCUAUACUUUACGGGUGAAAGAUGCAAAGGAUCUCAAUCGUCAGAUUAUUAAAUCAGAUUGGUGUGUAGCUAAAAUUCCGCAGCUAGAUUUCGAAAUUCCCGCCUUGCCCGGGCAGAGUGCAGUGCUUACGACAAUUGAGGGUUUACUCCAACGAACUAUAGAUGGACUAAAGAUUCUUCAACCAGAAAGAAGAAUUGCUGAACCUGAAGUUGCUGCUAAGAUUGACGAAUUUAUCGCGCGAAUAGAAAAAUACCUCUACGGCGACGAAGAAUUUUCAUUGGUACUGGAAGAUCCGGCAGGAAAUAGUUUUAUUGAAAAUCCAUACUUUCCUGACCAUGAUACUAGCAUGAUCGUUGAAAAUUAUGUCAGAACUAAGCAGGACAACCUUUCAUUGGGUCUUCAAGUAAUAGUAUUUGCUACCAAUUGCCCGUCAUGCUUAACUCCUUCUCAAACCAGAAUGGUUCCUGUUCAAAUACCACAUUUUAAGGAAGUAAUCAUCAUGGCAUUAACGUGUGAAGCUUGCGGCUUCAAGACGAAUGAAGUAAAAUCAGGAGCUGGAAUGUCAGAGAAAGGCAUACGUCUAACACUAAAUAUAACGUCACCUCAAGACAUGAGUCGUGAUGUUUUAAAGUCUGAGACUUGCACAAUAGUUUUACCUGCAUUUCCAUUUGAGUGGCAUACGGGCGUAUCUGGAGGAAAAUUUACUACUGUCGAAGGACUAUUGACAAACCUCAAAGAGGAGCUUGAAAGAUUAAACCCUCUAGGACUUGGAGAUAGCUCAGACGGUGUUAAUAAGAUGCAUCAAAUAGUAUCAUUUGUGGAUGCGAUAAUUACAGGAAAGGAAAAGACCGUUUUAAUACUGGAUGAUCCUGCUGGCAAUAGCUUUAUUCAGUCCGAUUGCCUACCAGAUCCUGAUCCAAACCUAUUAAUUGAACAUUAUCAACGUACUGACGAACAGGAUGAUGAAUUAGGAAUAAAAGAUAUGUGUGUUGAAAAUUAUGAGAUUCUAGGAGAAAAAGAAAAUGAUGAAGAUGCCGAAUAA